AUGCUGUGGGACACGGCUCUCCUAUGUUCCUCUUUGAAUAUUGACUUGAUGUGUGCAGAGAUAGAAGCGUUCCCACAUAUGCGGCCCGAGUGUAGAGUUUGGAGGAAGAUGAAGGCUCGCGCUCCCCCUCCUCCUGGAAAGCCCGCCACGGCGAAUGUGCACAGCGAACAGAAGCCUCCCCGGGACGUGUCGCCCGGCCCUCCGCAGAACCUGCUGCACAUGAAGGAGAACUUGAGGAACAGCACGGUGGCGGUCACCGUGGUUCUGCCCAGCGGGCUGGAGAAGAAGAGUGUGGUCAGUGGCAGCCAUGCGAUGAUGGACCUACUGGUUGAGCUCUGUCUCCAGAACCACCUGAACCCAUCCCACCACGCCCUCGAGAUCCGGUCUUCCGAAACCCAACAGCCUUUGAGUUUUAAGCCAAAUACUUUAGUUGGGACCCUGAAUGUGCACACUGUGUUUCUCAAAGAGAAAGUUCCUGAAGAGAAGGUGAAGCCUGCCCCACCCAAGGUACCUGAGAAAUCUGUGCUCUUGGUAGUGAAUUACCUGCGAACCCAAAAGGCCGUUGUGCGUGUGAGCCCCGAAGUGCCGCUCCAGAACAUUCUGCCCGUCAUCUGUGCAAAGUGUGAAGUCAGCCCAGAGCACGUGGUUCUCCUCAGGGACAACAUUGCCGGGGAGGAGCUGGAACUUUCCAAGUCCCUCAACGAGCUGGGGAUAAAGGAGCUCUACGCGUGGGACAACAAACGAGUUCUUCUGACCAAAACUCAGUCGGAGCCCUCCCUGAGCUCUCAAGAAACUUUUAGAAAAUCCUCACUUGGCCAUGAUGAGACAGAUAAAGAGAAGAAAAAAAUUCUGGGAUUUUUCAAGGUUAAUAAAAGAAGCAGUAGUAAGGCCGAGCGGAUCGGGCGUUCCGGGGUGGACAGUGAUGAGGACACCUCACAGUCUGCUUUGGGAAGGGGCUCAAACGGCUGCCUGACGACGCCCAACUCCCCGUUGGUGAACUCCCGCUCCGUCACGUUGGGCCCAUCCCUGUCGCUCAGCAACAUCUCAGGGGUGUCUGUGAGGUCGGACCUGAAGAAGCGGCGGGCGCCCCCUCCCCCAACCCUGCCGGGCGCGGGGCCACCAGCGCAGGACAAAGUCUCGGAAAAGGUGUCUCUAGGGUCCCAGGUUGACCUGCAGAGAAAGAAGAGGCGGGCACCAGCCCCCCCGACGCCGCAGCCCCCAACGCCGCAGCCCCCGCCACAGCCCCUGACACCGCCGAGCCCCCUGGUGCCCCCUCGCACGCAGGACAAGGAGGAGAACAGGAAGAGCGCCACGGGUGUUGGACGGCAGGUGCCACAAAAACCUCCCAGAGGCUCUGCUCGGGGGCCCCCCCAGUUAGUGCUCCCCCCACCCCCGCCCUACCCUCCUCCCGACACAGACAUGGUGGAGCCUCUCGGCUUUCCCGGGGAGAGUGCUGGUUCCGAGGCCUCGGACCUGAGACCCACACUGAGCCUGCCCCUGGGCCCCAGCAGUUCCUGCGGCACAGACAGGGUCCCGCCGGUGCUCUCUGAGGCCGAGGAGACAGUGUCUGUCAGCAGCUGUUUCGCAUCAGAAGACACAGCUGAGGACUCUGGAGUGGUGAGCUCCCCCUCAGACAUCAUCUCCCUGGACUCCCAACACGACAGCUUGAAAUCCAAAGAUAAGUGGGCCACAGACCAGGAAGACGGCAGUGACCAGGACCUGGCUGGAACUCCAGAACCGGGUCCCCACAAGAGCCCCACAUGGGAGAGGAACAGCUCUGGGAACUGGCAUCCAAGACCCGAAGUGACUAUAACCUCCAGUGGCGAAGAAGACCUGUUUCUCACUGGGCAGUUCCAGAAGACCCUCGAGGAGCUGGAUGAGGAGCUGGAAGAACUGGAAGAGAGCUCCGAAGCCAGCAGCAGUCUGCCGACAGGCUCCAUGAACGGCGUGUCCCCUCCCUGUGUGCCAGAAGCCACCGUCCCCGAGUUCGAUGAGGACACAAUCCCAGUCACCUUCAUCGGGGAGGUUUUCGACGACCCUGUAGAUUCGGGGGUGUUUUCCAAUAGAAACAACAACGCUGGUUCUUUUGACCUGGGGGGCACAGUGGGCCUGGAAACCCCACCACCACCACGUCAGGGGGAGCACAGCCAGCAACAGGGAAGGAAGGCAGAAGGACCCAGCUCACCCGCUCCUCCCCACGACAUCGGGAAAGAAAGCAAACCCGCCCCAUCCAACUCCUCUGAGGCUGUGAAUCUGACUAAAAUGGAGCCCAAGGUGACUGCAGCGUUUCCCAUGCACAGCCCAGAUGCAGAACAGAGCAGCGAGGGGCCUGGCUCUGCCCUCGGUGGGAAGACACAGGCCAGCAAGAAGGCAAGUGCCCAGCCAGUGAGGGACAGGGAAGGCGAGGGUAAGAGCUGUGGCUCGGCACCACCAUCGUGGUAUCAACGGGGCCAAAACCCAGGGGGACGUUACGGACUUAGAUACGGCCUCACGACGUAUAAAAUCGUUCCUCCGAAAUCAGAGAUGAGGUGUUAUGACAGAGGGGUCUCGCUCUCAACGGGUGCCAUCAAGAUUGAUGAGCUCGGGAAUCUGGUGAAUCCCCACGUGAACAGGGGCAGGACCACAGCCCUGUCACCGUCCGCCCUUGACUCGGAAACCCAACCCAUUGGAAAGGUCAAAGAGUUCUGGAGGUCCAACUCCCUAGAGAAACACUUUGGCCAGCCCACGGAGGGCUCCGCCAAGAGGACCCCCACUGCCGCCACGCCAGCAAAGCCACAGCCUCAAGAAAGCAGACUCCCAGGCCCCAAAGUGACAUCGCCCCCGCAGCAGUCUGCCCAUGGAGAAGAGGGGAGACAUCCAGAGGAGGGCGGAAGCCGGCCACCCGUGCAAGCCCCUGGUCAUGGGAAAGUGCCAGCAGCGAACACCACAGAAGUCCCAUUUCUCAAGCCUCAGAGAAGAACGUCCAGUCAGUACGUGGCCUCUGCCAUUGCCAAGAAGAUGGGGCCCCAGAAAGCCCCUGCUGACACGGUGAGGAAGCAUGGGCAUGCCAAGGAGACCUGGGAAGGCAGAGCACCAGAGCUGGACGGACCACCUCCUGUGAGGAGAGAUGGCACGGCCCCCAGGCCAUACCCAGACACACGCUCCCCUACCGAGAGUGAAGCCUCGGCAGUAGGAGCCCUGCCCAGAGCACAGGACAGCAGCCCUCCGGGAAAGCUGUGCACUCCAGACUGUUCUGCUGGUGUCCACAGAGGUCCCCACGUCCCGCCCGUCAGGAAUCACGUUUCUGUGACACAGAGCUGGAGCCUCAGGGGAAAGCUGAGCACCAGGAACCCCGGGACCAGCUCAGCUUCUGCCUCCAAGUACACACUGGACGGUCCAGAGCCCCCGCCUCCCUGCCCAGGAGACGAUCAGACCCUGGGCAGGACCCUGGUGAAUGACUCCCAGUGGGUCCCCAUCCACGCCGAGCCUCCUUGCUCUCCGAGAGGGUCCGGCACGAAUAACCACGCCCAACAGGAGCCCCCAGAGCAUGAGGAAAAGCCCAGUUUGUUGUGCACAGACGUGCCUGAGACGGACGGUACGUUGCCAUCCAGCAUCUUUGGGCCAAAGAAGAAAUUCCGACCCGUGGUCCAGAGGCCAGCCCCAAAAGACACGUCGCUGCACAGCGCUCUCAUGGAAGCCAUCCACUCGGCGGGAGGGAAGGACAGGCUUCGCAAGAUCUCAGAGCACACGUCCGAGGGAGGGCCCAGGAAGCCGUGCUCCACGGAGACAGCGGGCGAGCGCUCCGCGCUGCUGGCGGCCAUCCGAGGGCACCGCGGUGCCUGCAGCCUGCGGCAGGUGUCAUCCUUCGCCUCUGAGGAGCUGCGGAGCUUCCGGGACGCCGAGCCGUCCUCGGAGCCACCUGGACGGCGUGACCUUGGCCUUCAGCCCCCGCCCUCCCUGCCGCCCCCGCCCCCAUCGGCCACACAGGUUCCCUCCGCGUCCAGGACGGCAGCCAGGUCCAGCUCCGGAGACCCCGCUGAAGCCAGGCAGGCCCUGAUGGACGCCAUCCGCUCCGGCAUGGGGGCCGCAAGAUUGAGAAAGGUGCCCUUGCUCGUAUAAAUCAUUGAGAAGAUCAGAUCAUGGCAGAAACCCACCUGUGAGC